UUUCGCAAAUGUUGAUACUAAUACAGACGCUGAACAAAAUCAACACGCGAAACGCGACAGGAUGGUUGAACAAGUUUAUGAUACGGACAAAUCUAAUGAGUGGAAUAAAAAAGAUAUGUUUUUAAAAAAAGAAUUGUGGUUGCUGCGAGAAAACUUCUAUAUAAUGCAACAGAAAAUAAAAUCAAUGGAUGAGUUGUUUUUAGAUCAAAAUGUCAAGUUAAAAAAUAUUACAGACAAAUUAGAAGUUGGUAUAGAAGUUUCGACAUCAUCAGCGAACAUAAACUUUGAAUCAGAAGCUAUGUACAAGAGAGCAAACAGUCGGAUAGACAAGCUUGAAAAGAUCGUAGACGCAUUAAAAACCGAAAAACAGUAUUUCGUUCAAGUGAACAGAAAGAUGGCUAAGGAAAUUGAUAAUAUACGUAAACGUUCUGUGAACAAAAAGGUUUUCAAAAAAUUCAGGGGUCAAACUAAGAUGAAUUUGGACGACGUCAACAGAUUUUUAAAUUAUUAUAAAAAUAUAAAUAAAGCGGAGACCGAAAUUAACGCUCGUCGUAAAUACGACAAACUAAAAAUGAGACUGUGUAUGAUUGAAAAAGCAGAGGUGACAAAUCAGAUCAAUACACAGCAAAUUAUGCAGAAUAUUAAUAUGUUAUCCUCAAGUGUGAGAACAGGUGGAGUAAUUGAACCAAUGACAAACGUUCAUUGUGAUAAAAGAUAUCAACAAGCAUACUCGUAUUCACCUCCUCCAGUGAAACCAAUAACAUCUUUACCAGAAUCAGCUUCUCCAUCAAUACCGCCGCCACCUCCAUCGCCCAAAACAGGACCUUCUUCUGAAUAUGCACCAUAUGUAAUCAAUUCAGAUCUAUUGCAAUCUAUGGCUAAAGAAUUAAGGAAACCUGAUGGUAAAAAUAUUAGGAAAAUUCCAAAGCGUGCGGAUAUGAAAAUUCCUAGUAAGAACACAAAUAAUGCUGAACAAAAGGUUGCUCUUCCAUCACCAGCAUCUCCAUACCAAGAGUCAUAUGUAGUGCCUCCAGCACCACCACUACCUUCAAUAACAUUAGUAGCUCCAAAAUUAUAUAUUAAUCCUCCAGCACCAUCAGAACAUCCAUUAAUAUUAGAAGCUACGAAGUCACUUGUAGAGCCUCUAACACUACAGCCAGCUCAAUUAAUACCUCCAACGAAUAAUAUAGACUAACCACAAUUUACGUACUUAUUUGUUGUCACUAUCACUUUCAGCCCAUUUUUUUAAUACAUACAUCUCAACCCUAAACUCUCUAAGCAUCAAAAUCCGGUUGCCCGGUAAAUAGUAUGACGAAAGUAAAUGAA